AUGGCACUGCGUUUGGGGAUCUUUCUGAUUUGGGCUGGCGCGUCUGUAUUUCUACAACUGGACCCUGUGAAUGGAGGUGAUGGAUGUGUUUUCCCAUUCAUCUAUGGAGGGAAAACGUAUUUUGAUUGCGCUGUCCGUGCUUCCAUAUUCCGUUGCUGUGCUCUAAAUGCGGAUUAUAUAGGAAGAUGGAAAAACUGUACUAGGAAAGACCAUGCCAAACGUACCUUUCCCUUUAUCUAUCGAGGCAAAAUAUACGAAAGUUGCACAAAAACUGGGAGUAUUUUUUGGAGGCGUUGGUGCUCACUCUCUCCAAACUUUGACCAGGAUAGAGCUUGGAGGUAUUGCUAG